AUGUUACAAAGGAAAUUACACAAGUACAAGUUGCAAUGGUCCAACAAGAUUCACAUGGUGUAAUAGUAGCUUUUGAUAAAGAUAUUAGCCUUUCAAGAGAACAAACAGAAGAGGCAAUUAAACAUCACGAAGAACUUCUCAAAAAAGCAAAAGAUCAAAAGAUCAAAAUACUUGUCUUUGUUACUGAUUUAGCAGCAAAAAAUGCGGCUACAAGAAAAUGCACUGCAUUAAUUUGUCCUGGUGAAACUCGAUGGAAUUCAUAUUAUUAUUGCUUUGAUAUAGCCAUUUAUUCGAAUAAUACAAAUAAAGAUAAUAUAGAAACAUUUCUUGAAGAUUUGGAUAAUGAAAGUGAGGCUGAUGAAAUUGAAGACGAAGAUAUUAUGCAACAAGUUAUUGAGAAAUAG